GGGAAAAAAAUAAGGAUGUUGUUUUUAUCCAAGAUGAGGAAGUCAUCCCCCAUCGCAUGAAAAACGCAGAGAACACAGCUGCAAUCUCACAAACAAGCUAUUGUAACUCGUUUCCAUAUCUUGAGGGUGCCCGAAUGCUUCUGGGUCUUUGAUCAUCCCACACGUCUUGGGUGGUGGGGAACUUUUCACUUGACGCGGGACUUUUUGUGAAGGAACGACCACGUUCAAAAGAGCGUUGUCGUGCGCCAGAUCACACGCAUCCCGUCCGUUGGCGCAGGUGGCAACAGAUUGGCAAAUAGAUUAUGAUACUGGACGGACAAUCAAUGGAGGAGCUGGAUAUCGACGUGGUUGGAGACUGUAAUAACAAGGACACCUCUCAGAACCAAACUCAGGACACUUCUGUGCUCGAUAUUGUUAUGGACAUAACGGAACCAAAGGAUGCGCCGUCGUCUCCAAUCCAAGAAAUGGAUGCUGGGGAAGAAGACGAACCCUCGCAAAAGAAUAAUUCGAAUGCAAUCCGGAACCCUUCGAUGGUGAAGCCCCCAUACUCUUACAUCGCCUUAAUAACGAUGGCAAUCCUCCAGAGUCCCAAAAAGCGCCUCACAUUGAGUGAAAUCUGUGACUUCAUUAGCCAACGGUUUUCUUAUUACCGGGAGAAAUUUCCAGCCUGGCAAAAUUCGAUCCGACACAACUUGUCCCUAAACGACUGUUUUGUCAAAAUGCCACGCGAGCCAGGCAAUCCUGGUAAGGGGAAUUACUGGACUCUGGAUCCGAUGUCUUCAGAUAUGUUCGAGAACGGGAGUUUCUUGCGUCGGAGGAAGCGCUUCAAGCGACAGCACUUCCGAAUCGGUACACUGAAGGAGACGCCACUGGAGCUAUCCGGAUUGCCAGGCUUUGCCUACGGCGCGUACGGGAUGGGUACGGCGCGCUUUCAGCUACCCUGCUCGGAGCUGUACAGUUCUGGCAUGGACCAUCACACGGGGUCCUCCUGUGUCCCCACCAUCUCGCCUUUCAACAGCAUCUUGCCGGCGUUGUCCAAUCUCUUCUGUAGGACCGCGGGUUCACGCCAGAAAGGUUAUCUUCCAUCGCAACCACUUACAUUUGAGUCCCUGGACACAAGUCGAGGCACCCCGGCGGUGUCAGCCCCGGUCCACCUUAAUCCGUUUUUACCACCCGCUGCCAUUCAGCCAGUUGGCACGGAACAUCUUCUUAACUUUCAGGAGUACUGCAGGUUUCAUUCUCUAAACGGCACAGGGCUUGCCAAUAAAAUUUUACAACACCUUGGUGACGCCAGCACACAGCUGUUACAGUAGGCUAUACAGGUAGCCACGAGUGGCACGUGUUGGAACGAAUUAUCAAAUGUUGUAGCCCAAUGUCUGGCCUCUGCUCAUUAGACAUGGAAGUCUCCUAAUGAUCUGUUAGGACAAAGUCGGCGUUGCUGUCUGUAAUAAAUUACAUUUCCCCUCAGUAUUGUUUGAACUUACUUCAUGUGUUUUUACUGAUUAUUUAUUUUUAUGUCCGGAAAGUUACAGUGCGCGCGCAGUGAAAGCGAGGAAAUGUGACACCACGUUGGUGAUGUUGCAAAUUUGACAAAUGCGCUUAUGCUUUCCAUGUUGCUACAUGUAUGAACCCACGGACUGAUGCCAAAUUGUGUAUUAAAUAAAG